AUGGCGGAUUACUACUCGGGAGACAAAGCUGAGGUGGAUGAAGUGCUGUCUAUUUUCUUUGAGGACAAAGUUGAGCUUGAUCAUAUGAUCGAAGAUAAAAUUACCCUGGUAGGUUUGCUGGUAGCUGACCAGGAGCCACCUCUGGCCACGGUGAAGGAGAUCUUAAGGGUGCUUUGGACAUAUAUGGGGGUGGUCAAAAUCUAUAAGGCUAAGGCCAAUAUCUAUUCUAUUAAGGACUGGAAGCAUCAUCCAGUUCUUGCGCCCACCAUGUCAGACUCAGUCAAUCAUAACUCGAUUCGAACUCUCACUGGCUCAAAUUAUAAGAAAUGGAGAGAAGAUGUGGAAAUUGCUCUUGGACUUCUGGAUUAUGAGAUGGUUCUUACUGAUGAAGCUCUAUCAGUACCUGCGAUUGAUGCAUCUGCUGAGACUAAGACUAAAUAUGCAAAGUGGAUUAAGGCCAACAAAAUGGCAAUUCUGAUCAUGAGGAGGUCUAUUUCAGAAGAGGUCAGAGGCAGUAUUAUUGAAACUGAGAGUGCUAAGCUAUUCAUGGAAGCUAUUGCAGAAAACUUCCAAGGAUCCAAGAAAGCUGAAAUUGGUUCACUCAUGAGCCAGCUGACAGAUAUGAAAUACAAUGGAGAAGGCUGCAUAAGAACUCAUAUUCUGAACAUGGUUGAGAUAGGAAACAAGCUGAAGGCUCUAAAAGUCCAUGUGGAUGAAACCAUGAUGGAAGAACAAAGUAUCAGAAAGGACAAAGGAAAAGAACAAGUGUAUUUGGUGCAGGAUACUAAGUUUAAACCAAAGGAAUGGACCAAAAACAAGAACACAGAUAAGCAGCAAAGGAAAGAUGAGUCUGCAAAGGGCACGGGUCCAGUAGGUUUGAAGUGUUUCUUCUGCAAGAAAUUUGGACAUUUAAAGAGAGAUUGCAGAAGAUACAAGCGCUGGAUGUUGAGGGAUUAA